ACGAACGACUUUUCUGCACCAAGGAUGCCGUCUAUAGCACACGUGAAGACUGUGGUGGUGUUAGCCUUGAUUGUUGAUCUGCUAGCUUUCACCAUACCGCUACCUCUCUUCCCUCGUAUUAUUGAGUGGUACACACAAAAGGAACUCGGAGAUACAAAUGGACUCCUUUACCGGACGCUGGCGUCCAUCCGCUCAUUACAGACUUGGUUACAUGGAGGGGUGUUGAACUCGAGGCGACAGUGGGAUGUGGUGCUGCUGGGCGGUUUUCUGGGAUCUGUUUUCUCCGUACUACAGUUUGUCGUCAGCCCUUGGAUUGGGUCGUUGUCUGAUGCAUACGGGCGAAAACCUAUCCUCCUGAUCUCUAUGAUUGGAAACAUCGUCUCUGCUGUUGUCUGGAUGCAAUCCACCUCGUUUACCUCAUUUCUGCUGGCACGCGCCACUGGGGGGUUCAGCGAGGGAAAUGUGCAAUUAUCUAUCGCUAUUCUCUCAGAUGUGACCGAACCAGCGAACAGAGCUCGUGCACUUGCUUUGGUCGGUCUUGCUUUUGCUCUCUGUUUUUCGACUGGUCCCGUCCUCGGUGCAUACUUCGCCCAAAGGCCGUUCCCUUUGACGAUCGGUCCAUUCGCCCAUGUCGAUCUCAAUAUAUAUGCAACCCCGGCUGCGUUGACUGUUAUCUUGCUGACUGUGGAAACCAUAUUUCUCGUCUUCUUCCUCCCAGAGACACGAGGGUAUGUGUUGCCGAAACUCCCAGGCUCGUCGUCGGAGAAGAAGUCCCUAUCUACAGAGGCCGAAGUGGACGAAGAUACUGGGUUUGUACAUGCCCCAGCUGUGACUGGCUCUUCCGGGACGGUACAGCAGCGACUAACCAUUCUCAACCUCCUGCGCUGGACUCAUUUCGCAUUCCUCAGCGUAUUCUCGGGCGUGGAGUUCACCCUUACUUUCCUCACCUUCGACUUAUUUGACUGGAACAAUUCUCAAAAUGGAAGGAUGCUGGCUUUCAUCGGUGUCAUCAGUGCGUUACUCCAAGGUGGCUAUGUGCGACGGUCGAUCCGCAAGACUGGCGAAGGUGUUAUGGCUCGCCGAGGUGUGAUGAGUUGCGUUGUCAGCUUUGCCGUUCUCGCUGUGCUUCCCCAUGCGGGUACUUCCGGACCCCGGAUUAUCUACGCAGCGGCAGUUUGCUUAGCCUACACUUCUGCCACUGUCGUGAAUUCUCUCACAGCACUGGCGUCGCUUCAGUGUGACGAACCUUCCAAUGAUCCGUCAUCGGUAUUUGACAGAGAUCCGCGUCUGCUGAAGGGCCGUGCACUUGGUGAGUUCCGAUCAGCCGGACAGCUGGGCCGCGCGAUUGGGCCACUGCUUGCCUGCGCAGCUUAUUGGACCGUUGGACCGUCUUUCACAUACGGGGUAUCCGCGUUGGCGAUGUUCGCCCUGUCGUCAGCAAUGCGUAGAAUUGCAGUUAAACCGAAAACAGAAUAGAAUCACUAUGGAUGCAGAAUAACGGAGUCCGUUGGUAAUACAUAAUGCUAUUUAUCCAUACAGAUAUCCAAUGCCUAUUGAACCCCAUAGCCAUCCUACACGACCGAUAACGGCUUCCAUAACCCUUGCGUGGCUCCCUCGAUUGAUCCACCAGAUGUGCUCAUCGCUCUUGAUCUGGAGGGACCCCUGAUCGGAAUGGCUGUAGGUGCCGCGCUGUCUGUCGCAAGAAGUAAGUAUUUCCCAGGCGCUAGCCCGAGGCUAGCUGAGGAAGUUCUGGAACGGAGAACGACAGGAUUUGCAACCGGAAUGAGUGGAGCUUGUUCUGAUGGCGGCGUCAUUACCGGUCGGGGAUCUUCUUGCAAGAUGACGCGUGGGCGGUAUGUGAGACAAAAAACGCCGAGGAAUGUUGUGGCACAGCCGUAAAGGAAGGUGAUAAAUCGGUGCAGUUCCAUAUCCUCGAAGUCACGGUAUAGAAUCG